AAUCGGGUAAUCCCCACUGAUCUACGGAGAGAUGCACUGGGACUUCAGAAGGAUGCACUGUGGGAUGAUGCAGCUCCGGCUCAUGCUGCCAUCCUUGGUGGAGAGACUGAGCCAGGUGGAACAAGCCACAUUGAUGAUGAGUACAGAUGGGCUGGUGUCCGUGAUCCCAAAAUCAUGAUCACCACCUCAAAGGAUCCUUCUUCCAGACUCAAGAUGUUUGCCAAAGUGCAUGGAUUCUUGGGCAAUCCUGAUGGUCUCAUCAUCUGCCAUCUUCCAUAUGGACCAACAGCAUACUUCUCCAUGACAGACGUCAUUAUGCGACAUGAUGUUCCCAACAUUGGAACCAUGUCUGAGCAGUAUCCACAUCUCAUCUUCCAUAACUUCAAGACUCCCCUUGGGGGUCGGGUCAAGAACAUUCUCAAGUAUUUAUUCCCUGUUCCAAAGGAAGAUAGUCAUCGGGUGAUGACAUUUGCCAACCAUGAUGACUUCGUUGCCUUCAGACAUCAUACAUUCAAAAAGAACUCUGAAGCUCCAAAAGGGAUUGAAUUGGUUGAAGUUGGGCCUCGUUUUCAACUUCGCUUGUACGAGAUCAAGCUGGGGACCCUGGAUCAGGGAGAUGCAGCUGAUACUGAAUGGGCCUUCCGGCCUUACAUGAACACGACCAAGAAGCGGAGGUUCAUUUCUGAUGAAGAUGGCUGGAAAAUUGCAUCUUGA